CCUCCCAGGUUCCAUCCCAUAUGAAGAAAUUAUUUUUUUGCCACACCUAAGAAAUGGCUUUGCUUAUUUCUCACGCCUGUGAGAAGGAUUGUUUCAUGUGAAAUUACCCACUGUAAUUACCAAUCACCGCCCUUACCUCUGUACUCCGGAAUCAUGGGUAUAUAAGAUGGUUAAAUCUUUCACUUUCUCUCUCAUGGGAUAGACAGAACGGGGAGAAGAGGAUGAGAGAGAGAGAAAAGACGAAGGGGAAUGGAAAGGGGAAUCACAAUUCGGAAGGCAACAAGAGAACAAGCAAGCAAAGCAACCAAAGAUGGCACAAAAAUAGCUUUAAGGCGCCCACUAAUUAAACUACUCCAGCGCACGCACCAUCCCCCAAACUCACUCGCCAGAUUCUCUCUCACUCCUCGGCAGCAGCAGCUGGAGAAAGAGAGAGAGGGGGGUAGGGAGGAUAUCAUGGCACAGCAGCAGUAGCAGAGGAAAAGGCUCAAGCACAAGAGAGAGAGGAGAGAGAAGGGUGGGAAAGCUUAGAAGAAGAGAGAUCCACCUCGAAGUGUGGUGAGGAUAACAGAGGAGGACGAGCGACCAUGAGGGAGGAGGAGCCGAGCUGGUUCGUGCGGUGCGAGGAGCAGCUGCCGCGGCCGGACGAGCUGAUUUCGCUGUCGCAGUCGCUCAUCACGCCCGAUCUCGCCGUCGCCUUCGACAUCCCGGCGCACGGCGGCGGGGCGGGCGGCGGCGGCGGAGCUGGGGGAGCCGGCGGCAGCGGCGGCGGCGCGGGCGGGCUGGAGAUGAAUGGCGGCGGCGCGUCGUCGGCUGCGGGGUCGAGCGGCGGCGGCGGGGGCGGCGCCGGUGACGAGCCGGCCCGGACGCUCAAGCGGCCGCGCCUGGUGUGGACGCCGCAGCUGCACAAGCGGUUCGUCGACGCGGUGGCGCAUCUCGGCAUCAAGAACGCCGUGCCCAAGACCAUAAUGCAGCUGAUGAGCGUCGACGGCCUCACGCGCGAGAACGUCGCCUCCCACCUCCAGAAGUACCGCCUCUACCUCAAGCGCAUGCAGGGGCUCGGCGGCGGCGGCGGGGGCGGCGCGGGGGGGAGCCACUCCUCCGGCUCGGGCACCGACGCGGCCACCGAGCACCUCUUCGCCACGGGGCCCGUCCCCUUCCUCCCGCCCGGACACCGCGCGCCCGCCGGUUCCGAACCGUAUCCGCCCUUCGCCCCUAUGGGCGCCGCGCACCACCAUCAUCGCCACCACCCGCCGCAGAUCGGACACUUCCACCACCCCGCCCGCCCGCUCGGCCACUACGGCGCCACGGGCGCCGGCUUCGACCACGGGUUCCUGAGCCGCGCCGUCAACGGCGGCGCGCCGCCCGUCGGCCCGCCCGGGAUGCACCACCGCAUGGUCGGCGGCGCCGCCGGGAUGGGGAUGAUGGCACCCACCUCCUUCGCGGACGACCUCGACCUCGGAUCCCGAGGCGGCGGCGGCAGCGGCGGGCGGCGCGAGCUGACGCUGUUCCCGACGUCCGGCGACCACUGAGGCCGUCAUCUGCGACGGAGACGGGCAUCGGACGGUGUCCUCCGUCCUCGGGUACAUAAAAUUCGUUUGCUUCCUCUUCCCUCUGCUUCGCAACCGCCGCUGCUUCCCACAGAUCGGCAUAGAAAUCGAGCAAGUUUCACCACAUCUCAUAGAGUCCAAGAAUUCUUGGGAAUUAGCACUUCACCCAUCCAUCUGUUCCUCGAUACUGCUACCUAGCAUACCUAGCAUCUCUUCCCCCCCACCCCCCACACCCAUUGUUGCUGUUGAUGUUCUUGUAUUGCUGCUAUUUGUCAUUCCUCCUCUUGUUCUCCCCAUCUCCCGUUGGUGUUAUUGAUGACAUAAAGUUAGCCUUAGAGAUGAUAUUUGGAGGGUAAAAAACUGCGACAACAAUUUGGUACUUGCGCCUUCGCCAUCGAAGAACAAUUCAAUGCUUGCGAUUGUGCCGAGGAUCCGGGGUCGAGUACCUCUGUUCUUGAGUGAUGCAAUAGCCAUUGCUUGAGAGCUGUGACCCCUCAGACAACGAAGUGAUGCGACCAUAGAGAUUGCAAAAUAUUUGAGUAGUGAUUCAUAUAGGCAGGGUUGAAUAAUCCCAAGGACCCACCCUGGAGAUGAAUUAGAUUGAGGAUUUCUUGUGAGAUUGAAAUCAUCUGCGAGGCCAAAGAGAUUCAGUGCUUAAUCUGCUCUCCGUCAGUUUUCUUCCACUAAGAGUAUACAUAUGUAGGGAGGGUCGCAUCACUUCACUUUCUGCUUCUGCCUGCCGAAAACAUUAAUCGGAGUUUGUUGUAGCAAAAUUGUAGCGAUCAAUCAUUUGUAAAUCUGCGCGACUUAAAAGCUUCUUGUUCCUUCGUGUAGCCCUGAGAAAGCCUUCUCGUCAUUGAGUUGUAGUAAUGGUACAGUGACGCUUAUGUUCUUGUACAUUGCACUCUGUUCAAGUCAAAAUUUUCAGCUUCUGCACCA